AUGGCAUUCGCUCGCAGAUUAGCCAUCCUCCCCGGAGGCCUAGGCGGACUGGGCUCGAGUAUUGGCAAGAAACUGCGCGAGCAAGGCGCCCAAGUCGCGAUCCUUUACGCGCCCUUUGAAGCGAAGCGACGGGACGAGUUGCUCGAGGCUGGGUACGGUGGUACCGACAUGGACGAUAUCCGCACCUAUGAGUGCGACAUCACGUCUGCGGACUCGGUGCAGUCAGCAUUCGACUCGCUCGAGAAGGAGAUUGUUGGUCCGGCUUCGUCGUCGCUGGCCGACCGGGUUUUCCCAAGUAUCUUGAUCAAUACGGCUGGGUAUGUCUCGCUCAGCGAUAUGGAGAUCACGCCGCCUGAGGAAACCAUGAAGCAUCUCACGACGAAUGUCUUUGGUCCCAUGCUCUGCUCGCAGGCCUUUGCGAGGUUGUACUUUGCUGCGUCAAAGGUUGCGGAGUCGUCGGCUGGUUUGCCUCCGCCGGGGAGGAUCGUGAGUAUCUCUUCGCAGGCUGCGCAUGCGGCUUUGCACCGGCAUGGUGCUUAUUGCGCUUCUAAGGCUGCUCUUGGUGGGUUGACUCGCAGUAUGGCGUCGGAGUGGGCGGGUCGGGGGAUCACGUCUAAUACAGUUUCUCCGACUGUUGCGUGGACCGCGCUGGGGCAGAAGGCUUGGGGUGAGAAAACGGUUAGGGAGGCUUUUUUGAAGAGUAUCCCCACUGGCAAGUUUGCGCUUCCGGAGGAGGUGGCUGAUGCUGUUCUGUUCCUUUGUCAGGACUCCAGUGGGAUGAUCAAUGGUGCGGACAUUCGAGUUGAUGGCGGCUUCACUAUUCGGUAG